AUGGGUAUCUUCGAUACUUUCGCCGAUCUAAUAGCUGCGGCCGCGCCAUGGAGUGAAGCCGAAGCCGAAGCCCCUCAGGAUGCCGGUACCGACGAGCAGAAUGAUGAGGGGGGUGUGAAGAGCGAUAGCGAAGAGAAGGAGGAGGAAGCCGGGGCAGAAGAAGAGGAGGAGGAGGAGGAGGAGAUGGUCGAUCCUAAGGAGACAUUCGAAGAGGAAUGCAGAGAAUCCAAGGCUUGCGCUCCGGCCAAGCACCACUUCGACGAUUGCGUCGACCGUGUUACCACCGGUGUCAACAAGCUCUCUCCCAAUGAAGAUUGCGUUGAAGAGUUCUUCCACCUCACACACUGCGCGACCGAAUGUGCCGCCCCAAAGCUCUGGAAGGUGCUCAAAUGA